UGCUGACUGAGGUUACUUGCGGGGACAUCGCAUGAUGGCAUGCCCUUGCGCUGGGGCGCAUGGUCUCUGCACUUAGGAACACGCUGUUGAGGCUGCUCCUUCUUGGCCCAGUUGCCCCUGGGUGUUCCUGACCCUCCUCCUUUUCGCAAGCAGGAGGAUUGAGGUCCGUAGUCAUUUUGGCUCAAGCCGUUUUUGCUCGCUGUUCCAGCUCAUGAAGAAUUCGUCGUCGUGAUUGCUUCGUCCUCUCUGAGCCGCCAACUAUUUUCGCUCAGGCAUGGCUAUGGCCAGGGCUCACACUGGCAGAGCAGGUCAAGCAUUCCGUCAAGACGAGCUUCGUGCGUCGCCUGCUCGGCGAAUUGGAGGACCUUUUCUAUGGCGCUGCCACGGGCCAAUGCCAGCGGUGAGGAAGACGCCUGCGGGGCAAAUUGAUGUAUCGUAUUUUCUUUUGUUGAGAAGUGCAAUUGCCGGCAUGGUGUACUCUUGCCGAUCUGAUGCGCGGCUUGUCAAGGGACUCGCAGAUGGGCGCAGAUGUUUGCUGCUGGUGGCCCGAACUGGCAGAGCACAGAAGAGAUGUGAGCAGCAGAGCUCGCGAGGGCAAAGAAGGCGCCGUGUGAGCCAGAAGCGGGGCGGAAGAGCCGAGAGCGAGGCCAGGGCCGCCAGGGCAGCGGUCCGGUUUUUGGAGCGCGUGGCGAGGAGGAUUGAUACCGUGCCGGAGUACUACGAGCUACUCGUUCAGAAGGUGGUGUCUCGGGGCGUUGUUUUGUCUGUGGACUUGUUUGCUAGUCUUUUGGUGACGCUCAUGGGUACGAUACCAGUACGGGAGGAUUUUGUACGACUCACUCUGAACAUGGCUUGUCCAGUUGGGAGCAAGGUCUUGGCAUUAUCCGCAGAUUCCGCGAGAGGGUGUUCUGAUGAUGGGCUGUUGAUAAAGUCUGAGCCCGAUCAGGUCAACCCUGCAAGACUCUGCGGGCACGUCCGCAUCCUUGAUAAAGACAGCGACGGUUUCGACGUUGAUGAUGAUGCUCUCUCGUACUUCAGCCACUUCGUGAUAUUAUUGCACUUGGAGGCCAUUGCAUCAAUGCGUGCUGUUGAGGAGCGCUUGUUAUUGCCAUUAGAGGAACAGGACAGCAUCGGGCUUACUUUGAGGGAUCUUCGCAUACACACGAUGCGGAACUUUGAUGAGAAUGGGUCGCAACGCAUUCGUUUCUUCUCACCACCGGGUGCUGAUUGGUUUUCAAAGACCCGGCUGCGUUCUGGCGACACUGUGAUGCUGUCUCGCUCGGACCCACUCCAUGACGGCAUCCAUGCAAUUGGUACAGUUAUUGUCGACAAGGCCACCGGUGCCUUAGAGAUCGAAACUGAGGCAAGACACCGUCUGUCAAAUCGUAUGGCAAUGCUGGUAUCGUGGCGUAUUGAUAGCGUGCGUCAUUGGUCGACGUAUACCAGGCAAUUGGAUGCUCUGUGCACGACCGCGACGAAGGCCAUCAGUACGAGCAACAGGCAGAGGCGUGGAAACGUAUUGUGCCUGAUGAAGACAAUCAUCUCUGCGUAUCGGGUUUGCCAGGCCACCGAAUCUGAUUGGCAGCGCGAGGCAUCGACGGGCCCCAGUGUGCCCCAGCAGGAUGUCACGAAACUGCAUGAAUUGAAGCGUGCACUGACCCACGGGCACGCCGCCUGUCAGGACCCUGAGCGGCAGCUGAAUGAUUCGCAGCUGGAUGCUCUGACGGCAGCCCUGACAGGACGGUUGACGUUGAUCCAGGGUCCCCCUGGCACGGGCAAAACGUACGUCUCCGUUCAUCUCCUGAAAUUGUUCACAAAAGUCUUGUGCUUGUCGCCAGUGCUCGCAGUGGCCGACAGCAACAUCGCGGUGGACAACAUGGCGAUGGAAGCGCACCGCAUGGGCCUGAAUGUUGUCAGGGUUGGGGACCUUGACGGAGUCCACCCCGACCUCCGAUCCCUGUCGCUGGAGUCGAUGAUGGCCCAGGGCUUCAGCUCGAAGGCGGUACUCUCGACGGCGGAGGUCAUCUGCAUGACGAACUGCAAGGCGGGCAGCGCACUCGUCCAGCGGAUGGGGCUCGACGCCGAGGCGAUCCUGGUCGACGAGGCCGCGCAGUCCACGGAGCUCUCGGUGCUCGUGCCGCUGGCCCUGUGCGGCGCCCCGCGGCUGGUCCUUGUCGGGGACCAGUGCCAGCUGCCCCCCACCGUCGUUUCGCAGGACCCGCGGGCGCAGGGCCUGUCGCUGUCGCUCUUCGGCCGGCUGGUCGCCCGCGGGCUCACCCCGCACAUGCUGAAGGUGCAGUACCGCAUGCACCCAAAGCUCGCGGAGUUCAUCUCGCAGCAGUUCUACCGCGGCUUGCUCGCCACCGGCGUCGACAGCUCGAGCCGAGCGCCGCCCGCUGGCUUCGCGUGGCCGCGGCCGGACGCCGGUAUCGCCAUCGUUGACGCGAGAGGCGAUGAGGUCCAGGUGGGUUUCUCGUGGACCAAUCCUGUGGAGGUGUCAGUCGUGGCGGAUGUCCUGGCGGGCUUCUUGGGUUCCCACGCCACCUCGCCAUCCGAUGUGGGGAUCGUCUCGCCGUACUCGGCGCAGGUGCGGAGCCUUCAGCGGGAGCUGCGACGACGAAUGGGCGCGGCAGCUGCAGGUGUAGAGGUAAAAACGGUUGAUGGAUUCCAAGGCCGCGAGAAGCAGAUCAUGAUCGUCAGCACAGUUCGUAGCAAUCAUUUCGGUGUUGGCUUUCUUUCGGACUGGCGGCGGCUCAACGUCAUGCUCACCCGCGCUCGUUGCGGGCUGGUAGUGGUCGGAAAUGCAGCCACCCUCGAAAUGGACCCGACGUGGGCGCGUUGGCUCGACUGGGCCAGGGUGAAUGAUUUCAUCGUGUAGGAAAGAAGAGAACGG